CAGCUACUGGCACAAGGUCCUCUGCAUUUCCCACUGGGCCUAUAUUUAAAUGCUGUUGUUCAUGGUUCUCUUCUCCUUUCCUUCAGGCCGAGCGUUUCGAAUUUGAACUGCAGGAGGGGGAGGACGAGGAGCGUGAGCUUACCCUUCAAUCCGAUGCCGAGGUCGAGGGGGUCAGAUGCGUCUCAGCGACAGUCGCCGCGGGUGCCGCUCCACCUCAAGAGCACCGCCUGCUCCGAGGCCAACGCCGUGCGGCGUCCCACCGCCGCCGACCGCAGCCCCAAGGUGUCCCCUCGGGGUGUCCUGCAGGAGAGGAGAAGGGGCACGAAGGUGGUUGACCUGGAAAUCAAGCUGAGUAAGGUCCAGGACGAGCUCAAGAAGCUGCGGAAGCGACUGGAGUCGGCGGAGGCCGACAAACAAGGAGUGGAGCAAGCUCUCGCCAAGGCCAAGAAGCGGGUCCCGGCAGCCAUCGCGGCUCCGAAAGAAAUAUGCGAAGAAGACGACUGUCCUCCUUUAGACGCUGAAAGAAAGUUCGAAGGAGAAACCGUCACUUCGCCGGCGACGAUGGACGUCUUCGAAGUCGUAGUCCCGGGUGAUCUUUUACAGGAGCAUAGCGAGCAUGAGGCUGAUGGCGAGGAAAAGGAAGGAGACAAUGCGGAGGAAACGACGACGAUGAUCGCGAAGGAAGCCGUAAAAGAAGACGAAAGGGAUAAAGAGGAAGAGAAGAGAGAUGCGUUGGUGGAAGAUCUCGGGGCCAAACUGCUCGAGAAGGAGAAGGAAGUGGAGAUUCUGCUCGAAGAGAACACGAUCUUCAAGACGCAAGCCGACGAAGAGACGAAGAGGAUCGCCGGGGCAGCAGAAGCGAAAGAGGCGGAGUUGCUGGCGAAGCUGAGGUCGGUGGAGGAAGAGAUGGAAGAGAGCAAGGCGAGGGCGGGGCGGCUGGCGGAGCAGCUGGAGGCGACGGAGAGAGCGAAGGCUGCACUGGAGGAGGAGAUGAAGCGGCUGAGGGUGCAGACGCAGCAGUGGAGGAAGGCUGCGGAGGCGGCCGCGGCGGCGGUGCUGGCGGACGAUCAGGACGAGGUGGACAAGCACAUCGCGGCCUGGGGAUCGCCGCUGGCAAUGGAGGAAGAGGGCGACUGGAGAAGGAAGAAGGGGCCCGCAAUUCGAAUGUUUGGGGAAUUCUGGAAAAAGAAGGGGCAGCGCAAGUGAAGCAGAGUUGGCUUCGCUUUCGCUGGUUCCUUGUAAUCACUCACUCUUUCGUAAAUCGCUGUGCUGCUAGAGACGACCAAUAUCGAUCGAUUCAAAAGUUUAAA